UUUAAUAAGGUGGAUGCAGGAGUUGGUCUUGCUCUCUUCUGGGUGACGCGGAUUGGAAGGGCUUCUUCAUACCUUCAAAGUAUUCUUUUUUUCCUCGCUGCGACCCCCUUCUUUUUCUUUCUGAAACUGUAAAUACACCUUCACUAUCUCAGAGAGGAGCCAUGAAGUGGACCUGGGUUCUUGUGGCAGUCUUGCUGUCCUUUGGGGGGCUAUCACUGGGCAAGGAUAGCUUGGACUUCCCGGAGUACGAUGGCAAGGACCGAGUCCACCACCUCAGCGCCAAAAACUAUAAGUCUGUGAUGAAGAAGUACGAUGUCAUGGUGUUGUACUACCAUGACCAUCCCGGAUCCAGCCGCGUCGCCCAGAGACAGUUUGAGAUUGAGGAGUUGGCACUUGAGCUUGCAGCCCAGGUCUUGGAUGAGUUUGAUGAUGAAGAUGUUGGAGUUGGCCUCAUCGAUGCAAAGCUUGACAAGGCAGUUGCAAAAAAAUUAGGCCUUGAGGAAUCGGACAGCAUCUUCAUCUUCACGGACGAUGAAGUCAUUGAAUAUGAUGGAGAGCUCGCCGCUGACACUCUUGUGGAGUUCAUCUAUGAUGUCCUGGAGGACCCAGUGGAAAUUAUUGACAAUAGUAAGGAACUCAAAGGCUUUGAGAACAUUGAAGAGGACAUCAAACUGGUGGGCUACUUUAAGAGUCACAAGUCAGAACAUUUUGAGGCCUAUGCUGAUGCUGCUGAAGAGUUCCAUCCUCACAUCAAAUUCUUUGCCACAUUCAACCCCAAAGUCGCCAAGGCUCUGGAGCUGAAGCUUAACGAAGUGGACUUCUACGAGCCCUUCAUGGACGAUCCAGUGGUCAUCCCUGGAAAACCCUACACCGAGGAAGAGCUGGUGGAUUUCAUUGAAGAUAACGACAGACCAACCCUGAGGAAGCUGCAACCACACAACAUGUAUGAAAUCUGGGACGACGAUGUUGAUGGUGAACAUAUUAUUGCUUUUGCAGAGGAGUCUGAUCCAGAUGGUUAUGAGUUCCUGGAGAUCCUGAAGCAAGUUGCUGAGGAUAACACCGACAACCCUGACCUCAGCAUUGUCUGGAUUGACCCUGAUGAUUUCCCACUGCUCCUGCCACACUGGGAAAAGACUUUCGGCAUUGACCUGUCCUCCCCACAGAUUGGUGUUGUUGAUGCUGAUGAUGCUGACAGUGUGUGGCUGGACAUGGACGAUGGCGAGGACCUGCCCUCUGUAGACGAGCUGGAGGACUGGAUUGAGGACGCCCUGUCCGGCGAAAUCGAUCCUGAUGAUGAUGAUGAUGAUGAUGAUGAUGAUGAUGACGAUGAUGAUGACGAUGAUGACGACGACGACGAUGACGACGAUGAUGAUGACGACGACGACGACGACGAUGACGACGAUGAUGAUGAUGACGACGAUGACGACGAUGAUGAUGAUGACGAUGAUGAUGACGAUGAUGACGAUGACGACGAUGAUGACGAUGAUGAUGACGAUGAUGAUGAUGACGACGAUGAUGAUGAUGAUUAUUAAAUCUAAGUCUGACCAAUGCAGGUUCAAGAGUUAACACCAUUAACUCAACAUUAAGUCAUCCUCUUUUGUAACUACAUUACGUUAAAAUCAUCAGUUCAUUUUGAUAUCUCAUCCUUUCAUCAUCUUCUCUCUGCAUCUCACCAGAAUAAUAUUCCAUUACUCAUCUGUCCCUCUUCCCCCCAGAAGCCUCCAUGUAACAAAAUCCUCUCUAAAAUGCCACAGUACCUUUAUCCUCACAUGUAACACUGUCUGGUACAAUAAAAAAAGAAAUUACUGCAAAAACUUGCCAUCUAUUGCUAUUGAUUUUUUAUAAUAUUAAAGAUGUUAUUUUCUUAAGUACUGGAGGGUUGCAUUGUUCUAUGCACUAUGUCUAUGUCCAUCUGUAAAGUUUGUUGCUGUUGAAUGUGUCAUAUUUAUGUUCACUUUUUUUUUCCCGGUACUGAAAUGACUGAGGUCAGAUCCAAGGGUGCUAUCAGACUUUAUCUGAUGGGUUUUAGGAAUCAAAAGCCUAUUCUGUGAAAUCAAUGUGAUGCUGUACACUGAAAGUGCUGUACAUCAAAUGAAUAUUUUCUACGACUAUGAAUUAUGACAACAGCCACAUUCUAUUUUUGUAAAAA